AUGGGCAGGAAUAGAUUUUUUAAAAUAAGAAAUUAUCUUCAUGCUGUUAAUAACUUGGAAGUUUCAGAUGAAGAACAAAAACGUGAUAAACUAUGGAAAGUGCGUCCAAUAAUAACUUCUUUUCAUAAUGCGGUUUUGCGGCUACCGAGAGAGGAGAAUGUGAGCAUUGAUAAACAAAUGAUACCAUUUUCGGGUAAAGUAGCUAUUCGACAGUACGUUCCUCGAAAACCCAACCCCACUGGUCUAAAAAACUAUGUCUUAGCUUCAAAAAACGGAACUAUUUUAGAUUUUGAAAUUUACCAAGGAAAAAUAACUAAUUUUCCAGAAGACGUCGAGAAGAAAAAUUUAGGUGCAGGAGGUAGAGCCGUAUUGCGUUUAAGUGAAACUUGUUCACCUGGAACAAACAUUUAUUUCGACCGCUCUUUUACAAGCGUUACUUUAUUAGAUAAACUAAGGGAAAAGGGAAUUUCUGGUACAGGAACUACAAUGUCCAACAGAUUUCCAAAAGUUGGUUUUCCCACUGACUAUGAACUAAAAAAGUUAGGCAGAGGGAUCAUAAAAACAAAAGUAAGAGAUAAUAAAAAGGUAGCUCUAGUUAGGUGGAUGGACAAUAAGGCAAUAACAAUGGCCUCUUCAGCACACAGCAUUAAUCCAAUACAUCAAUGUCGCAGAUAUUCGAGGCCUGAUCUACAGUAUUUAAAUGUUCCCCAACCAGAUGUAGUAAGGCGCUACAAUGAAUUUAUGGAAGGGGUUGAUUUACUAUGUUAUCAUAAAACUAAAAAAUGA